AGGCAAUUUCUUUUUGUCCCCACGUGCUGUUCGCGUCGGUGGUUGCAGCGCUUGACGUCCUGGUAUUCGAUUCUGUCGGGACGGUUUUCGUGAAGUUUGGACCAUGCCUCCCAAGAAGACGGCGGCCAAGGCACAGCCUACGCCGACGAAGGCCAGUGGUAAAAAAGCCGUGAAGAAGGUGGUUCCCGUCGAAGAAGUGGAGGAAGAGGACGACAAAAUGGAGGACGAUGAAGAGGCAGAAGACGCAGAUGCCGGCAUGGAUGACGCUGGAAAUGAGGAGGAAGAGGAGGUCGCUGCCAAUGAGGAAGAGGAGGAGGAGGAAGAGGAGGAGGAGGAAGCAGCCCCUGCUCCAGCUAAGUCCAAAGCCAAGAACGGCCUCCAGGUCAAGGCUAAUGCAGCCCAGGAAGAGGAGGACGAAGACGAUGAGGUUGAAGAAGUAGAUGCUGAGGAGGAGGAGGAAGAACAAGAGGAGGAUGAGCAGGAAGAAGACGAACAGGAAGAGCAGGAAGAGGAUGAGGAGGAAGGUGAAGGUGAAGGUGACACUCCAAAAAAGCAGGCCAAGAAGACUGCUGCUAAAGACAAGAAGGCUGCAAAAAGUGGCAAACGGAAGGCAGCCGAUGACGAGCACAGUGCUGGAGGCAGCGACGCCAAGAAACUGAAGCUAGAAGACUAUGUUCCAGAGUCUUGCAUCGACAGCCAAGAAAAAAGAGACAGCUGUAGCCUCGUCAUCACCAUGGCACGGGGAGCUCGGCCAGGUGACAUCACAGAACUGUCGGGCGACAUCAUCAACCUCGUCAUUAAGGGAGAGAAAGCCUUUGCACGCUAUGUGGAUGCCGAAGCAGCAGCAGCCAACCUGAAGCUGCUGGAGAAGGAAGUUGGGAACGGCAAAGUGACACGGGUUGAGAAGUGCACAUCGCAUGAGACAGAGACACAAGACAACCUGCUGGAUGUGUUCCGAGUGCCUUUUGAGUGCACUGUGAGUCGGCUCAAGGAACUCUUUCCUGGUGCCAAGGUCUAUGUGCUCAAUGAUGGGUUUGCACGGUUGCAUUUUGACUCCUCUGAAGACCUGCUAAAUGCAGUGCAGAACCCUGCAUGCCAUACCAUUGAUGGCAGCAGCAUCCGUUUCAGCCUUGUUAAAAAGUUUGGACAAGGUGGGGGCUUUAGGGGUGGAAACCAGUCCCGAGGUGGCAACUCCCGGGGAGGACGGGGGUGGCAAUUCCUUUGGCCGUGGACGAGGCGGUGGAGGCGGCGGCGGAGGCGGCGGCUGGGGCAAUAACAGCUGGGGUGGCGG